UUGGUCACUCUCGAUCUUCAGGGAACUGAGAUCGCAGAGUUUUUGGCUCACUCCUGAGCGAGCGAGAUGCUUGUUACCUGCACCUCAGCAGGUACCAAGAGACAGACGGAGACGGCUGAACGUCUGAAUGGGAAGAUGAAGAUGCUGAAGGCAGUGAUCCUGGUGCUUCUCCUUGGUCUAUGCUCUUUUGGUGUUUACCACGUGGGAUGGUUCAGCACAGAAAGCCUCUGGAGCACCACAGGUGGGUUAGAAGACAUGAGCAAAACCCUGCCCCUGCCAGUCCAGCUGUAUAAGCUCCAAGAACAGCUUUAUCAUCUGCGCUGGAGUGCCGAGGAUGUCACCGAGCGGGCUCUACAAGAAGGACUGAAGCAGGCAAAGCUCCCAGGCUUUACUGGACGGGCUGUUCAGGAGAUCAUCAAUCAAGCCCUGAAGAAGCUGGAAGAAAUCCAGGUCCCGAUGCUGGAUUACGCCCUGAAAUCAGCAGGAGCAGCCGUCAUUCGUUCCAGGACUUCUCCAUCACUCCGGGAUGCCAAAGCAAAAGUCUUCCUGUAUUCGCUGCCGGUGAUGGAUUACAUGAGGUCUCCUGAGCUUAUUCUGGAGGUAGGAGCACCAAGAAGCAGUAGAACAAAGGUCGUGAGAAUGAAGCACACACGCUACUCAGAGUUGCAUUUCUCCCUGUCUUUGCUCCUCGAAGCUUCUUCUCCUGCCUCCUUCUCGCAUGGAGCUGCUCUCCUCCUGUGUCCCCCUGCUGAGUGUUUCCUCUCCCAGAGUGCCCCAGGUUCUCCACGGGAGCUUCUACCAGGCCAGGCUGCUCCUGCAGUCUGUGUCUGCCCAGUCGCUGCGCAAACUGUCAGCACGCCAGAAAACCAUCCUGGAAACUGCUGGCCCUUUCCAGGAAGUCAAGGACACGUCUUCAUCAGGCUGUCCAUGCCGGUCAUUCCCAGAGCCGUCACCAUGGACCAUGUCUCAGGGACAGCGUUCCAUGGAGAAAGCAUCUCCGGAGCUCCAAAGGACUUUGCUGUCUACGGCUUCAAGGAAGAACACGAGGAGCAGGGAACGUUCCUGGGACAGUUCACUUUCCUGGCAGCACUGAAUCCCAGUCAGACCUUCCAGCUGAAGAACGAGCUCCCUGGGGUCGUGAAUUACAUCAGGCUGCAAGUGCUGAGCAACUGGGGCCACCCGGACUACACCUGCCUGUAUCGGUUCAGGGUGCACGGUGAUCCGCCCAAAGAUGGGGGAGACACGGCAGUUUCAUCUAUCAAUAAAUUCCAUUAG